UCCUUUGAAUCCUUUGUGAUCUUGGAUUAAAAAAUAAGAUGGCGAGGUCUCCUUCUUGUGAAAAAAUCAAUGUCAAAAGGGGUUUGUGGACUACAGAAGAAGAUACAAAGAAGCUUGCAUUUGGCUCCAAGCAUGGAUCUGGUAACUGGACUUCUGUCCCCAAAAAAUCAGGGCUCAAGAGGUGUGGAAGGAGUUGUAGGAUUAGGUGGACUAACUAUCCCAGGCCUGAUCUUAAAGACGACAACUUCACAACCCAAGAAGAAGAUCUAAUCAUUAAGCUUCAUGCAGCCAUAGGUAGCAGGUGGUCUAUAAUAGCCCAACAACUUCCUGGGAGAACAGACACGGAUGUAAAGAACUAUUGGAACUCAAAGCUGAAAAAGAAGCUCUCUCAAUUGGGGAUUGACCCUGUCACCCACAAGCCCUUCUCUAAACUCAUUGCUGACUAUGGAAACAUUGGGGGUUGCCAGAAACCAAGUACUCGAAUUGCUUCAAUCAAUAAGGACUUCAAGAAUGCAAUGAUGCUAAAAUCAGAAUCCCAUCAAACCCUGCCAGAGGGAUUUAUUACAAACAUCAAUGACCAACCAAAGCCACCACCCAAAAUGGAAACCACUGGAAACAACUUUUUGUUCAAUAGAACUCAUGGUGAUGACCUCUCAAUGAAUCUUGACCAGUUCCAAGCCAUAUCAAUGAAGUCGGGUGCCUCGAAUUGCAUAGACUUCGAGAAUGAGAUCAUGUCAGUGUCUAUGUUCGGGGAAGAUUGCUUUUCAAAAACUUCAUCACCAUCUACUCCUUCUACUUGUUCCACUACAGCUUUUAGUUGGAACGACUUCCUUUUGGAAGAUGCCUUUACACCACUUGCUAACCAAGAACAAGACUUGGUGAGUCAAAUAGAGGAUCUGACUUGGAAUAAGAUAGAGGUCAAGUCACUGCAAGCCUCAGGUAGUGACUUACAAUUUUCUUCAGCAUCUGACAUUUCAUUCAUGGAAGCCAUGCUUGAUCAAGAAAAUGAGAUGUUCCUAAGUUUUCCUCACCUUAUGGAGGAACCAUCCAAAUUGAAUUAAAUUUGGUGUUUUAACUACCUUAUUGUAUUUGUAUUCUAAUUGAGGAAUUAUCAAUGAAGUUUACAUU